CAUCAUCUCCUCAGACCUCAGCCAUCAUCUUCUUCCCAUCCAUCUCGUACUACUGUUCCCUUUGGGUUCUCUCCGCCUACUCUGCAGCGCCUCCCUUGUCAUCUUUAUGCGAAAUCCGCAAGUUGGCCGCGUAGCCUCUACUGACUAUUCCGGCGCUGUUAACGCCAUCUACCCCCACUUUCUCUAGCCGCGCAUCAAUUUUAGGGUUUUUCGAAUUCCACUUUAUAAACGUAAAUCAUUGCCAUUGGGUUCUGAAGAAGACGGAGGAGAGAUUUUUUUUUACGCCCUUUUCGGAAAUCACAACUCUUGUUGUGAUUCUUUCAUUGUCCUCUCUCGUGCGAUCGGAAGUCAAAGAAGGGAAGGGGGAUUUAAGGGACGGCUGCAGACACAUAUACAGAUUAGGGUUUCUGGGAGAAGAUUAAAACGCCAUGGCUCCAGGGCGUAAACGUGGAGCCAAAGGAGUGAAAACAACUAGUGAGUUGAGCAUAGGUGAUCUCGUCCUAGCCAAGGUCAAGGGUUUCCCUGCCUGGCCUGCAAAGAUUAGUAGACCCGAGGACUGGGAGAAACCUCCAGAUCCUAAAAAGUAUUUUGUGCACUUCUUUGGGACAGGAGAAAUAGCUUUUGUUGCCCCAGCAGACAUUCAGCCAUUUUCAAGUGAAUUAAAGAGCAAGUUGUCAGCUCGGCAUCCAGGAAAAGGGCAAAUUGCUGUAGCAGUGAAGGAUAUUUGUGCUGAAUUUGAAGAGUUGCAACAGAAAAACUCUUGUUCAUUGGGACUUGAUACAAAUAAGGAAGCUCUAGUUAGUGAUGGAGUAGAUGAUGCUGUAAAGGUUGAACAAACAGACAGGGCUGACUCUGAUGAAUCCAAGCAUGUGAUUCAUUCUGAAAGCCCGGGCGAUUGCUCUAGUUUGGAGCGCUGCUCAAAGAUUAAACCUGAUAAAGAUAAUCGUAAUUUGAAGCCAAAGGUUUUUGAUUCUGCAAAACCGCCUCCAACUAUUUUAUCUAAAAAGGAAAGUAAAAUUUCCCGUAGUACUAACUCUGUGAAGGAGUUGACAUCAGUAUCCGGUCAAGGAUGUCACUCUAUAGAUGAGGAAAGCCGGAAAAACAGAAAUGUUCAAGAUAAACUCAAUUCUGCAAAUGAUGCUCUACUUCCUGGUAGUGGACGGCCGCACGUAUCAAAUGGAUGGAAGGAGAAACUAACUAAGAGGAAAUUGGAGGGUGGAGAUCUAGUACAAAAUGUUAAUAUCUUGGCUGGUGAUACAUCUGCAGAGGCUAUUGCAGUUGGUUUGAGAGGUGAUGAUGUGCCUAGUGAAAGUAAACAGAAGCUAUCCUUAGAUUUAAAGCCAUGCUUGGAAACUAAUGGUAAAAAGAAAUCAAAAAAAUUACAGAAAGAUAAAAGACAUCUUGAAGUGGCUGGUUCUGAAAAUGAAAUUCAGGAGAAUAACAAGCUUGGAAGUUCUGGUGGGUCAUCCAAAGUUGAACCUGGACGUGCAAGGAACAUUUUGCAGGGCAAUGAAGGAAAUCAUCCAUUAAAGCGAUCAAAAUGUGUAGAUGGGGCUGGUGAUGUCAACAAGGUUAUUCAAGCAGGCAGAAACACUGAUAGUCGGAGUUCAGGGGCUGAUGUAAGAUUGAGUAAUUCAGAGAUUAAAGGAUCAAAGCCAGGGGGGAAAGUUCAUAAUCGUAUGACUCUAAAAGAACAGACAGAGGCUGUUGGUUUAAAUAUUGUGGUGGUAGAAGAUGUUCCUCUGCCAUCAAAACGUAGUCGUCAGGCAUUGGAGGCUAUGCCCUGCACCUCACCUAUUCCUCAACAGCCAACAAAACGGAGAGCCGUUAGGCUUUGUGAUGAUGAUGGUAAUGGGGAUCCCAAAACACCAGUUCAUGGGGGCUCUGUUAAAAAGGAUUGCAAUCCCACACCCGUUUCCACUUCGUUAAAAAAACCUGAUGCACCCGGUAUUUUUUCUGCACCUGCCCUGCAGGGUCUGCGCGUCUCAGGGAGAGACCAUUGUGCAUCGUCAAAGAAAUUGAAGCCACCUACCAAGCCAAACGAUGACAAUUCUUGUCAUACUUCUGAAAGUGUGCCGAAGAAAAGGGCUAGAGUAGUAACCACUCCAAACCUUUCCUGUAGUCCUGUAAAACUGGAACCUUCAAAAGUUCCUUCGAAGGACAUUAAACCAACUUUUAACUCCCCCAAAAGGUCCCCUUUGGCUGUUACAGCUGUCAAGUCUGUGUCAGAGCCUCAAAAACCAAGAGAACUAUCUGAUAAUGUAUUAGAUGAUGUAGCCCAUGAGAAAGUGGUAGCUAGCUCUCUUUGGGCCCCUGUUGCUGCUUCUGAUAAUCCAAAGUCUUCUAUGGAUCAAUCUAGUACUGAAAGAGGCAAGACAAAAUAUUCUGUAGAAAAGAAAGAAGAAAACCUGAUAUCAGUAUCCCGCACUAAUGAUCAUGCUCUUGAAGCAGGACAUCUAACCGACACUGUUUCCGUUCCUUCUGAAAGGUUGGAAGCAGGUAGAGAUGAUCAGCUGCUUUCUCUUACUGAUUUUAAAGUGUCGGACACAGACACGUCAAUGAAGAAUCUCAUAGCAGCUGCUCAGGCUAAAAGAAGGCAAGCUCAUUUACAGAAUGCUCCUGGCAACUUACAUCCCAUUUUCAGCACAUAUGCUGAUAUUCAAGGAGGUAGUCCUAACCCUGAUUUUCCCUCCCAUUCAUUUGGCCAUGGCAAGAUUGUGCAUUCUGAUACACAUGGACUCUGUCCUCGCCUAUCUCCGGCCUCAGAGUUUCGUCAAUUAUCAUCGAUUGAUCCUCCUGAGUGUGAAGAACAAGAAGAAAGGAGAGUCAGUUCAGAACACUGGACAACUGGAGGCUCACUUAGCGGCAAUACUGAGGCAGCUGUUGCGCGUGAUGCUUUUGAGGGAAUGAUAGAAACUUUGUCGAGGACUAAAGAGAGUAUAGGGCGUGCAACACGACUUGCAAUUGACUGUGCAAAGUAUGGGAUUGCUAAUGAGGUUGUGGAACUUCUUAUCCUCAAAUUGGAAAAUGAACCUAGCUAUCAUCGCCGUGUGGAUUUGUUCUUCCUUGUGGAUUCAAUUACUCAAUGUUCUCAUAGUCAUAAAGGCAUAGCGAGUGCCUCAUAUAUUCCUGCUGUUCAAGAAGCAUUGUCACGACUACUGUUGGCUGCUGUCCCACAAGGAGCUGGUGCUCGUGAAAAUCGUCGUCAGUGUCUUAAGGUCUUGCGGUUGUGGCUUGAGAGGAAAAUCCUACCAGAAUCUCUUCUCCGCCGCUGUAUUGAUGAAAUCGGUACUGCAAACGAUGAUGUUUCUGCUGGUGGGCACUCCUUUAGAUGCCCUUCUCGAGCCGAGCGUGCUUUAGAUGAUCCAAUAAGAGAAAUGGAAGACAUGGAGGUUGAUGAGUAUGGCAGUAACACAUGUAAGUUGCCUGGCUUUCUAUCUUCUAAUGUGUUUGAGGAAGAGGAUGAAGAAAUUCUAAACAGUCCUCCCCAAGAAGUUACUGAGAUAUCACAGGUGGAUGGCACUCCUGCAAUAAGAGACAAUACUGAACAAUAUGCAGUUACUCCAAAAGAUAGGCGCAGUCACAUAUUGGAAGAUGUAGAUGGUGAGCUUGAAAUGGAAGAUGUAUCUGAACACCAAAAGGAAGAAAGUCCAUUGUUCACCGAUAGUCCUUUUGGAAGUGCUCCUAAUCAGCCUGGUUUUGAGAGAGUGCUGGAAGCAGCUUCAAAAAGUCCCUUUGAAUUGCCUCCAUCUGUGGGUUUUUCUCCGCCUUUGCCUCCGGGUUCUCCUCCUGACACUCCACCUUUGCCUUCAUCACCUCCCCCACAACCUCCAUCUUCUUUUCCACCGCCACCUCCGUUACCAUGCCCUCCUUCCCUGCCUCUGAUACCUCCGUCACAGCCACACCUCUUUCCCUCAAUACCCUCUGGACCACCUCCCCAUUUAUUUACUCUGACUUCAAUGCCACUUCAGCCCUCACUGCCAUUACAACAUUUGCAGUCAGUUGCAUCAUCAGUGCCAUCGUCUUCACCUAUGGUUGCAUAUCAGCAACCUUUAGCUCCACAUGACAUUUGUAGCAUGCAAAAUGGGCAUCGACUACCCCAAAUGUCUGUAAAUGCUCCUCAUGGGCCUCAACCUCUCUCUGUUCCUGUAGGUGUCUGUAAUACGCUCGAACCGACUGCAUAUAAUGAUGCAUAUAUAAACCUUCCGCAUCCACAAUCUAGCCAGCAGUUUCAACCAACUAAUGCACCUUUUCCUCAAAGGCCUAUGCAUCCUAAUCCCCCACCUCAAACCCCACACAAUAAUUUUUCUUAUACAAGGCCAGCUGUGCAGGAAAAUUCUCAGCAUCCAUAUCCACCAGGACCACCGGCAUAUCCAUUACCGUAUAGACCUGAUAGGCAAUGGCGAUAUGUAGGUGACGAACAAUGGAGAGUGCAAUCAAAUGAAUUUACUGGUGAUCAACAGCGUGGUAUGUGGAUGGGAGGAGGAAGAUCAUCAGGCUAUUUGAGACCUCAUGAUAGACCACCUAUGAACAACAUUGGUUUUCAGCCCUCUGCAUCUAAUGCUCCUCCGACUGGCGGCCCAAUUUCAGGACAUGGGAUGCCUAGUAGGCCAGAUGUGACGGCUCUCAUGUGGAGGCCAUCUUAAGAAACAAAAUGUCUUGCGUGUUGUGGGCACAUGUAUUCAAUGAAUUCUUCCCUCAAGGACAACUAAUCGUUCGUGGCCUCUCUACUGUUGCUGAUUGUCAAAUAAGAUGUACCCUCUCCCUUACGAAAGUAUUCUGCUUUCAAGUGUUGAGGUAAUUAUGUAAUUACAGAUCAUGUGCUGUAACAGUUCCUCACUAUGUUUCCUUAAUGAAAUAGUCGUAGCUUACGUGCAAAAGCUUUUGCAGUUCAUAUGAUGGUAGCAAUUAUAGGCUAUUAUAGCUGUAGAAGAAUUCGUAGUUUAACUGUACAGAUGAAUUUUGAUUGUGCAUUUACCAUUGAGUUAGUUUCAGUAUUGCUCUUUUUUUUUGUUCAAGUUGGGUGAAUAGUUUUUUUUUUUUACAAAAAAAAAGGAAUGUGGCAUAUAAUAUGUCUUCUCGGCUAGUUGAUGCAUGUCUCUAGAUUACUGAAUGCUGAUUGGGAGGAAUUUGAAUGUGAAGAAGAGUGCCAAACUAGUCAGAAGAGUUGAUCUAGAACUGUUUCUUGUAUGGGUUGUUGUGAGUGCUAAUCAGUAUUUCAAGUACACAUUAAUGAAACAUGGGAAUGGUUACAGAAGGUUGUAAUAUGGUAUUGAAAUAUUCUUAAUGCUUCUUUCCCUUUUUCUCUUUGGGCACUGGGUAAGAUCAUAUGUGAGUAUCAUAUUUAUGCCUAAUCGAACCGAAUACACGUAUUCUUUUUUU